AUGAUUUAGAAGAUGAAGAAAUAAUCAAAAAAGAGACUUUAUGGAGAUCUAGAUUUAGUGUAAGUCAAUGACAAAUAAAUUGAAAGGAGUUUCAUAUAUGAAUAGCAUAAUAAUGAAAUUCAUGAUUAUAAACAAUCUAAAAUUUGA